AUGGGUUUGCAGCACUGCUACUGCUGCAGGGGUUGGAUGGUUUCAGAGCUGCUCUUGUUGAUUACAGGUCCCUGUCCACCUGGGAAGUCACAAAUGGACUGUAGAAAUGUAUCUGAGAACAGCAAGGAGAUCUCCAGCUCUUGUUUGGAGCCUGACUCACUGCUGCCCCCAGCAUCUGGCAGUGAUUCUUGCUCCUCCUCCUCAGCCGGACAACGAGUUGGGGCAACUGCUGGGAGACCAGCAGCUGCAAAUGCUGCCCGGGAGCGUAGCCGAGUGCAGACCCUGCGCCAUGCCUUUCUGGAGCUGCAGAGGACCCUGCCCUCUGUGCCACCUGACACCAAGCUCUCCAAGUUGGAUGUGCUGCUCCUGGCCACCACGUAUAUUGCACACCUCACCCGUAGCCUACAGGAUGAGGAAGAGUUGCCUGGGGAGGGCUUGGGCACCCUGAGAGGGGAUGGCUACCUGCACCCGGUCAAGAAAUGGCCAAUGCGAUCCAGGUUAUAUAUUGGAGCUACAGGACAGUUUUUGAAUCACUCAGUGCAAGCAGAAAAUGCAAACCAAGGAGAAACAUCAACAAAUUCACAAAGCUAA